AUGGAGGGUCAGCAAUCACUGGAGACAGGGCGCACGCCAAAGGAUUGGAAAAUGCCUAAUAUUGUUCAAGCAGCCAUGCAAUUAGAGUUAACUUUAAGGCACAGCAGUCUGAUAAAACUGCAAGGUAUGAUGAGAAUGUUACAACGCGAGGAUUUCGAUGCACGAAUCAGAUGUUUUGUUUACUCUGCCUUCAUCCUCAUGUUGGCAGCUGUUCUGUCAGCUUACAUUGCAGCAGUUAGUCUACACCAUGUUAUUGUGCUGAAAAAAGAAAUCUCAUCCAUCAGACAGGAAUUGGCAACACACAAGUUUCAACUAGAUCACUUGGAAGCGUUAACAGUGACCAAGGAUCUGUCAACCAACUGGAGCACUUCAAUAAAUCAGAUUAAUGAGUUUCUUGGGAAAAGACUGCAUCAAAGGGAAAAAUGGCAAGAAGAAAAAAUGAAACUUAGAGGAAGAAGGUCACUUCCUGAACAAGAGAAGCAGUCCUUUAUGCAGUUGAUUGCUGUGCAUGAUCAAAGACCACUUCUAAAAGUGAAUGAUUGUCUGAAGUAUAUGCAUGGAAGACCACAGUCAACUUGUCGAGUUGAGCGAAGAUCUGUUUCUAAUGAAAACAGUAAACAGGAAACAACUGUCCCAUGGAUUCUAAGUUUGAAAAAUGGAAAUGCUCUUGUCAAAAAGGACAACAACAUCUUGAUCAAAGAGGCUGGCUACUUUCUGGUAUACAGUCAGGUGUGGUAUAAGGAUAAUUCAUUUACAAUGGGACAUUUUAUCCAGAGGAGAAAGGCCAAUAGUGUUGGCAGUGAGCCACGAACUGUGAUCCUGUUCCGAUGUAUUCAAAGCAUGUCUGCCUGUUGCCCAAAUGAUACUUGCUUUACAGCUGGCAUUGCAAAACUUGAAGUGGGCGAUGAACUGGAACUUAUAAUACCACGAAUUCAAGCACAAAUUGCAUUAAAGGGAGAUGGGACAUUUUGGGGGGCAAUACAACUGCACUAACUGUUGGUUAAGACAAUGGAGACAAAAUGGUGUAUGUCAUUUGAAAAACCGAAUCGUGUGCUCUUCGUAUCAGCUUCCUUCCUGACUUAUGAUCAACAUACGGAAGAAAAAUAUUUCUGUUUCAGAGUAUCAAAGUGGCUCUGCACAAAAAAGUAAACAA